UAGGGAAUUCGACAUUUCCUUGCUCGACUUCUCUCACAACCAGAGCCCCGAGUUCAAUCCCCCCAACCAGCUGCCGCAUAGGACGAGUUGUGCGGUUCUUCCUCUAACCGAGGAAGAGUCGACGAAGUCUCGUCAGACCGCCCAGGGAUCAGUCUGCUACCGCCACCGACCUCCCUAGAACCCGCUUGCGCUCGUGUCGUUCAAACCACGUUUGUCACUCGACAAAUUCAAGCCUGUGCAUUUAGCUUUACGCUGCCGGCGCACCUCAGCGACCCAGAAGCCGCUCGUCCAGUCCGCCCACUCGCCCGCCCUCGAUUGAUUGCCACCCCCCGGUACAUCGUGGGAUAUGGUUAUGCCAACGGUCCUCGCCAGCAACCCCGAAUCGCUUGAUUAUUACGAAUUUACGAAUAAUCACGUCUUCCCGAAGUCCUGCAAUAAUGGCUUCUUUGAGUACCGUGAUCAUGGACAUUACGACCCUCAUGACCAUUAUGUCGGGCGCAAAGUCAACCCUGCAGCCAAGAAGCUAAUUGGCGACGCUCUUCGCGAGCGCAUUGAAAACAUUGACCACGAGUUCUGCGAGCCGGGAGAGGAGGACACCUUCUUUGUGGCCGAUCUCGGCGAGGUCUACCGUCAGCAUCUGCGCUGGAAGCUGAACCUGCCCCGUGUCAAGCCGUUUUAUGCCGUCAAGUGCAACCCGGACCCGAAGCUCCUGCAGCUGCUGUCCGCCCUCGGCAACGGCUUUGACUGCGCUUCCAAGGCCGAGAUCGAGCAGGUCCUGGAGCUGGGAGUUGACCCCUCUCGCAUCAUCUACGCGCAGCCCUGCAAGACCAACUCGUAUGUGCGCUAUGUCGCCAACCAGGGCGUGCGUCAGAUGACGUUUGACAACUCCGACGAGCUUCGCAAAAUCGCCCGCCUGUUUCCCGACGCCGAGCUCUACCUGCGCAUCCUCACCGACGAUUCGUCGUCGCUGUGCCGUCUCAGCCUCAAGUUUGGCGCCUCGCUCGACUCGACCGACAGCCUCCUGGCUUUGGCGCGCGAGCUAGGGCUCAAUGUCGUGGGCGUCAGCUUCCACGUCGGGUCCGGUGCUUCAGACCCAGGUGCGUUCUUGAAGGCGGUCCAGGAUGCCCAUGUGGUGUUCCAGCAGGCGGCCUCUCACGGUUUCUCCCUCAAGACGCUGGACGUUGGUGGCGGCUUCUGCAGCGACAGCAGCUUCGAGGAGAUGGCCAGCGUGCUGCGCGCUGCGCUCGACGAGUAUUUCCCUGCCCACUCGGGAGUCAACCUCAUCGCGGAGCCCGGCCGUUUCUACGCCUCGUCGGCCUUCACUCUGGCCUGCAACGUCAUUGCGCGCCGUACCAUCCAGGACGAAGCCAAGUCUGAGGCUAGCUACAUGCUGUACGUCAAUGACGGGCUCUAUGGAAACUUCAGUAGCAUCAUGUUCGACCACCAGCACCCCGUCGCCAAAAUACUGCGUGCUGGAGGCCACACUCUGUACGACACGCCCGCGGCGGGCGCGGUUGACGCGGUCGGCGGCGGCGGCAUCGAGUACAGCAUCUGGGGCCCGACCUGCGACGGCAUUGAUCGCAUCACCGAGAGCAUCCGCUUCCCCGUCGAGCUGGACGUUGGCGAUUGGCUGUACUUUGAGGACAUGGGCGCCUACACAAAGUGCUCGGCCACUACGUUCAAUGGGUUCUCCAACAACCACGACGUCAUUUACGUCUGCAGCGAGCCUGGUGCAAAGGUCCUGUUGGGCCUGCACUAGAAGGGCGGUGUGUUUGCUGGUGUCCCGCAUCGCCCUUUGUUGUCUGAAUAGGGGAAGGACAACAAGGGCCUGACUUCGCUUCGUAGGUUUACCACUUAUAUCAACUGGCUUUUUUGGAAGAUGAGACUUGUUCCCUCCCCAGGGACAGGCUCAUAGGACAGAUUGGAGUGAGAUAAUAGUAUUCGAUAGAACUGUAGACACGUAUUGUGUUCCAUUU